AUGACUGAUCUACAACAUCUCAAGACAAUGCUAGAGCGUAUAGUUCACCAGCGUCCCAUACUUAUCGCUACCACUUCUGGAGCUGCGGCUCUAGUAGCGUUCGCAGCAUGGUGCUUCAAAGACUACCGUGAUUACCUUGCCCUCGGUCCUGGUGGUCCUCCUUACAAUGUGAAGGGAUGGGCGUGGAUCACUUUUGGCAUCCGCCCUUUUGCGUUGAGCAAGUCUGGGGCGACUUACGUUGCCGAUUAUCCUACGGAAGGAAGCCAUCCAGAGAUCCAGAGCCUACCUCGGCGUCAGGGAGAAAGGGCACUUCUUGGAGGAAUUGCUCCCCAUCGGCAAUUGUCACAGCAUGCGCCUACGCGUAUGAGAACCUACAUCGAGAACCUCUUCACCAAUGCCGCACGGCAACACCCCACGAUCCUCGAGACAAAGAAGUCAUUAUAUGAACGCCAUCACGACGCACUCUUCGUCUCACACAUGCUCCUCGAGUCACAGCCCGAAUGCCUUCCUAACACAGCGAUAAUAGCGAGAGGAGAGCUCGGCCAUCUGCACCCCGAUUUAUCGGUUCAUCUAUACCUUUCACCUGCCGACGCUCGUGUCAUCAUUGAGAAGGGAUGGGCAGAGAGGCAUAGGCUGUCGGUCCCAGAGACAUCAUGGGUCAAGAACAAAUACGCUAUUGCUAGCACAUACUUAAUGAUCUACGGACCUCGUGAUGAGGCCGAGGUAGAGGUUUUGAGAGUCAUUCUUGAGAACAGUAUUAGGUUCAUGACAGGCCAAGAUGAAGUGGAGAAGGUGCAGUGGAAGGACAUUCUGUAG